AUGGUUUACGAAUGGUCCAAAGAAUCUGCUGAGAGCCUAGCCAUUGAUCUGAUGGACGAGGAUCGGAUUGUGCCAAUUAAAGAGGAUCAAAUUUGCGAAAGUCCUCCAGAAACUGGCGCUGAAACGUCGAUCAUGCAGCGAUCAUUAUGCCCAUGGCAGUGGAGGCUGAACCAUGAUAAUGAUCGCAAGCCGAGAAUUCUGGCUGAAGCGUAUUGUUUGUGUCGCAAAAGCCGCGGCAGUUCAGGAGCUUUGUGUAUGCCAAUCAAACGCGAUGUGGCCGUAUUGAGACGGAUCGCAUGCGAUCAUCCGACUGCGACACGAACUCGCUACCAGUUCGUGCGUGCUGUUCAAACGAUCACUGUUGGCUGUCAUUCGGUUCUACCAAGAACACAGCGAGCCAAGCCACUGAAUGCAUUUUAUCGCAAUGCGUUCAGCAUCGAAAUAUAA